AUGGCGACUGGGUGGGUCUGGAAUUCGACACACGACGACGCACGAAUGCCCUCGCGGGCGUUUCUCGACGUCGACGUCGACGACCAUCGCGCCAAGCACGCGCGGUGCCGCGCGUUCGUCGAGGCGACGGAUUUACGCUACGGAUGGUCGUCCAAAGAUGUCUCGGCGUUGGGUGGGAGUGAAAAAUCUCGACUGAAUGAAAUGUACGAGAGCGAUCACGAGUGGAGCGCUCGAGGAGCGAUCGAGACGGAACCGGCGACGAAGACGCGGAUGGUGUUCGAGCUGUUCGACGAGCGGGCGCCGUUGGCGUGUGAGAAUUUUAAGAUGUUGUGCCUGGGAACGAGAGGGACGAGUAAGGAGAGCGGAGCGAGAAUGUGUUACGAAGGCGUGCGGUUUCAUCGAUGCGUGCGAGGGUUCAUGAUGCAGGGAGGGGAUUUUCAACAUCAGAACGGCGCGGGGGGGGAGUCCGCGCUCGGGAAGAAGACGUUCAAGGAUGAUGUCGGAGGUUUGAAAUUGAAACACGACGCGCGAGGCGUGUUGUCGAUGGGGAACACGGGAAAGAAUUCAAACACCUCGCAGUUUUUUAUAACGUUCGGGCCGUGUAAGCAGCUCGAUGGGAAGCACGUAGUUUUUGGGAAGAUCAUCGAGGGCAUGGAGGUGUUGGAUAUGAUCGAGGAAGAGUGCGCGGUGGCGCCGGGAGGUAUGAGCGAGGAACCGACGAAGAGCGUCGUCGUAGCGGAGUGCGGAGUGUUGGAAUGA